CUCUUUUGGGAUAGGGGUUUUCACACUAAAACAACCUAGUUGCACAUCUAGAUAGCAUGUUUUAGUUUAAGUUUUGUGCAAAUUUGUUGGAGCCAUAGGUCUAAAUUUUUAUUAGUGUCUAAUUCACCUCCUCCCCUCAAAAGCUAAGCACCCUAUUCCUUUCAGGCGGCGGCGGCCGUUCGUUCUUCACGGCUUGGUUUCUCUGCUUAUGAGAGGUAUGAGAUGUAGAAGGCGGCCAAGGCUCGGCAUGGGGUGGCUCCGGGCCGUGCUCUCCCCGCUGCGGAGGCUCUGGUGCCGCGCCAACGCGGUGCAGCGCAAGAAGAGAGGCAUCUACAUCCUGUACGACGACGUCAAGUCGUGCCAAUGCGAGGACGUGCACGUGCUCUGGUCGAUCCUCGUGGAGUCCCACGGCCUGCCGCCGGCGACCCCGAUGCUGAGCCUGAAGCGGUGACGAGGGGGCGGCGGGUGCUCCGGCUCCGGCUCCGGCUCCGGCACGGCACCCUGAAUAAGAGAAGGUCGAUCGACAUGGCCAUAGCCCAUGGGAGGUGAAGUAUGGUAGUGCUUCUGAAUUCUGAUGUGCAUAGGAUCAGUCGCUCAUAGCAGUGUGUGUUCCACCGGCGUGGUGUUCUACUGCCGUCCCGGAUCGGCGCCUCUGUUGGAGGCCGCUGAUGAGACGAAGGGCGGUGGAGCGUAGCCGCUGCGCCGGGUGGCUUUGAUGAGUGUGGUGUGGUGAUGAGCUUCCUGGAGCGCGCCCCUCGUUCGUUUGACUCAUUUUCUAAGAGACUUGCAUUUGGAUGCAGUCAUUCCGAUUGUCUAUCUUACGAAGAAUUGUCUGAACCUGCUGUCAGCAUUUUUCUA